AUGUACUACGGCGAUCCAUUAAACCUGGCCUCCACUCUCACUCCCCUCCUCCCUUCACCCUUCAAACGACCACUACUCGUUGGGGCUUGCAUCAGCGUGGAUGUUCUGGCAACUCAGGGCAUUCCCAUCGACCCAGACAUCCCAGUGGCCGAUGCCACCUGGGAAUCACGCCUUUUCCCUCUCGCCUUUCGCCUCGCAGUGUGCCGGACACAAUACGAAGCGGGAUUCAUCGAGGUUUACGAUAUCACCGCUGAGAUUCAGGACGGCGACGUUCGAUACUCGAGCACUCGGCUAAAAUGCCAUGCCCUGGCAUGCUGGGAUGAGGCUGCAAGGAUCUCUCGCCCUUGCUCGCUGCUCGGGGACUAUCUGGCAUACGUCACAAUGGAUCAUGAUGUGAGGAUCAUCGAUUGGACCUCGUUCGAUCCACGAGACCCCACGACCAGAAUCUGCCCACCGAGCAUCUUUGAGUAUGUCCUGCUACUACCCAAUCGGAGAAUUUUGUUGAUGGACGACAAUGCUUCCAUCUGGGACUGGGAGCAGGGCAGAAAAUUGGCUGCUGCAAACUCACCAGACGCGUGGUCGAAGCCUGACUGGCAGUCGUCCGACUUCUUCCUCACGCCCCAUUCAUUUACUAGCCCCUUCUACACUCGCGGGUCCAUUCGUCUGGUCCUCGCCGCGGCCGACGUGCUCCUCGGAGUGAUUAUCCCAACGGACACCGAGAAACUAACACACUCUGACGUCUCCACGGUCCGCCUUUUGGAAGCCCCGAUGCCCUUUGGCGCAAACAGACGAUGGUUCGGCUAUCGUAAAGGCGCGUAUCUCGCUCAAGAUGGCGAUAGCUUGGUCUGUUACAAAUGGCCGGACGACGACCUCCCCCCUCGCUCCCACCAGUCCACCAGCCUUCCAGGGGAGUUCUGGGAUAUGGACAGCUCUUUCGUGGCAGACGGCGACUAUACACGCCUCGUCGCCUUCUCGCCUCAAAUCUCGCCACCAUCAUGUACUUUAUUCGGAUAG